AUGGCGCAGAUCUCCCUGUCGAACCCCUCUUUCGUCCUCGAGGCUGUCCAGCAGGUGACUUUUGAGGACAUUCCGGUCCCAGUUAUCACUGAUCCCUACGAUGUAAUUGUCCACAUUGGACAAACCGGAAUCUGCGGAUCCGAUAUCCAUUAUUGGCAACGAGGCAGGAUUGGCGAUUUCAUUCUCGACUCUCCCAUCGUUCUCGGUCAUGAAUCUGCUGGCAGGAUAGUCUCGGUAGGAGAGGCCGUCAAGAAUUUGAAAGCCGGUGACAUGGUGGCAAUCGAGCCUGGAGUUCCGUGCCGCCACUGCAAUUAUUGUCGCUCAGGUUCAUACAAUCUUUGUCCAGACACCGUUUUCGCUGCGACCCCUCCGCACAACGGGACUCUAUCUAGGUUCUACAAGACAUCCGGGGACUUCUGCUACCGUCUACCGGAUCAUCUGAACCUUGAAGACGGCGCUCUGUGCGAACCAGUCGCUUGCGCUGUUCAAAUCUGUCGAGUCGGUCUCGUGCGUGGGGGACAGAGUGUCGUUGUCUUCGGCUGCGGCCCCAUCGGUCUCCUCGUCCAAAGUGUCGCUAAAGCUUUCGGUGCAAGAUUCGUUCUCGGAGUCGACAUCAACAAAGGCCGAUUGGACAUGGCCAAGAACGUGAUGAAGAGCGCAGACGACGUUUUUGAGCCGCCUCGACCCCCAUCUGGUCUAAGUUCAGAUCAAGAGAUGGAGUAUCAUGCCAAGGUAGCUGCGCUCAUCAAGCGGGAGUUCAAAUUAGGCGACGGACCAGAUGUGGUGAUUGAUGCAACAGGAGCUCAAAGUUGUCUGCAGAUCGGUGUUCAGCUCUGCAAGAAGGGAGGCGUGUACGUUCAAGCCGGCAUGGGCAAAGAGAACGUCGUUUUCCCAAUCAUGACCGCCUGCAUCCGGGAUUUGACAAUCCGGGGCUCAAUCAGAUACGUUGCUGGCAUAUACCCGACAGCAAUCGACCUGGUAGCUAGUGGGAAGGUUCAGCCGCAAAAGUUAGUCAGUCACCGGUUUCCGUUCGAAGAGGCCAAGGAAGCGUUCGAGACUGUGAGGAAAGGUGGCGGAGGUGUCAUGAAAGUCAUGAUAGAAGGUGUCCAGAGCUAA